AACAGCGAUCGCAAUAUGGCUUCCGCCAUCGCUAGCAAGUGAGAGUACCUCCGAAGGUGACAUCGUAGCAUGUCGGAAUAUUUACGGGUGCGCGGUCCGUCGCGCGUGUAAAAGUCGCGAUUGUGCCCUCGCUGAGUACUGUGCAUCGAGUCGACGAAAGCGUAUCGAAAACAGUGCUCGUGUUGUUCGAAAAACAAAACAUUACGGGAGCGGUGGGACAGAGAGAGACCGAGAGAGAAAGAGGGACAACUGUGUUCUGUCUCGGUGAAGCGAGACGAACUGCACGCACGGGCCACGAGUUGGACGAGGAUGGAGCGACGUAGUGUGUGAUACAUCGGUUCGGUAGGUACUUCUGGAGGUUCCUGACACGAGUGUGUCGUUGGUGAAACCAGGAAAUUCCGUGAACUCGGUGAUCUCGGAUCGCCGCGGUAUCGUUCGGUAUCGCUGCGACUCGGGCAGAAGUCGAGGAAAAGAACGGAACAGAAAUAGGGUAGCGAUUCGAAUCUUUUCAAUAGUUGAGAGAGCGCGGUACGCGCGACUGUAGUACACAACGAAAAACGUGCGCGUCGUCGGUGUGCACUACGUCCCGUACACUGGCGUACACGCGCCGCAACGUUACCGAUCGUCGUGUGUACGUGCGAUCUUUCGGUGUUAGAGGAAAUUGGAAGGAGAUAGCCGGACGGUGAAUGAGCGCGGAAGAAUGAGAAAAAGAGUAGAGAGGCGCACAGGGUGUACAUCGACGAGCACGACCAACGACGACGUAACAGAGAGAAGAGGCGAGAGAGCGAGCGAGUGAACCAGCGCGACGUUGCCAGAGUUUUCCUUCUCGCGUUCCCUACCGUACAGCACGUCCCUUCGUAUCCACGGAAAAGAGAGAGACACCGAGAACGGGGAAUAAUGUGACGUGGAGAGCGAGAGAGACAAAUGGUGCGAGUAGCCCGGAACGUGGAGACGAGAGUACGAGACAGGGAUAGUAAGUGACUCGCGCGGAAAGAAACGGUUUAGGAAACAUUUUUCUGUUCGCUUCGGUGACGUUUCAUACAAUUUCACCUGCGGGGUUCGUUUGUGCCCUCUGGACGCGAUCCGUGAACACCACGAGACGACUCCCAAUGACGUACACACGAAGCACGUGACACGCCGAUGAGUUAGGCCGAUCGACAAACCAUGAAGAAGCCACGCGUGGACCGGGACCGACUUCGGGAGCGGGAACGACAGGCCCGCGCGGCGAUGUCGGUCCAGGCCGAACAGGCGGCUGCAGGAGGUGGUUCUGACACCAGACACCAUCACCAUGGCCAUAACCACGCUCAUCACACUAAUCCACACGUCACCGCUCCGCUCUUCCGUGCUCCCGUCAGGGUGAACCCCGACGCCCGGGAUAGCACGACUCAGCAGAUCCAAUCGAAACUAGGCAACUAUUCACUGGUGAAGCAUCUCCUGGAGGAGCCUAAACGACUGAUCGGCAUUGAGGGUGUACCACCGAGUCCUGCCCCGUCUCCGUCGCCCACGCCUGUGCGAACGAGUUCCAGCUCGGUUGUCUCGAAUUCCAAGAGUUCUCCAUGUUCCCAGGAAUUUAAGAAACCCGGAGGAAUGAGGAUUAGUAACGGUUCUUCCUCAACGACGUCGUCAAAUCAUCAACGGAGUGGUUUCGUGAAACCCGCCGACGGAAAACCGCCGUACGGCGGCAGGGGUAGCUACCCCGGCCAACCGGUGAAGCACAGUGGGAACAGCAACGAUCAUCGUAGCCACGGUUUAUUAACAGCCAAAGGCCCACCCCUGAAUUCACUCGGGAACGGUCCGCUCGUUGGCAAUUCGAAUAUUGGGAAUUCCGGCGGCGGCGGCGGCGGCGGCGGCGGCGGCGGCGGUGGUGGUGGCGGAGGAGGCAGCAGGCUUCACUGUGUCGGUAGCAGACUGUCCAGGUUACCUCUCGAUAACGGAACGAUUUCGAGGCCCGCUCUCACUGAAAAUUCAGCCGAUGUGGAGAAUAUUCUGAAGGAAAUGACGAUGCCGCCCACGCCGCUGACGGCAAUCGCCCAAACGCCGAGGAAGGAGCUCGAGUCGAAGUUCACGUUCAAUACGGUGCUAGCCAAGUUGACCGAAGUGACGCCGCAGGAAACCACGAAGCCUCAACGCGAGAGGCACAGCACCAACAGGCUAUCCGCAGAGUUAGAGCGAGACCUGAGUUUAUCCGAGGACAGUGAGGAUGAAACGACCAAGGAAACAUCAUCGCGAACGGCGAGGGGAAACAGAAGUCCCGAUCUCACGCUCGAUCUGUCGACACCGUUGAUACCAGCGAUGACGCCAGCUCCGCCGCCGCUGGCACCUAUGUCGCCGAUGGGUCUGUCGCCGGUGGGCCCACUGUCGCCCACGCGGCCCCUCAGCCCGGCCAGGCCAACGCCACCCCAGAGACCGCCGUCUCCGCCGAAGCAAAUAAAGUCGGAACAGGUGUUGUCACCACCGCCAGUGAGUCCGUUGCCAUCCAAAGGCUCCCCAAGUUCGACGAUGAACCAAAGGCCGCCUAGCCCUCUUGAGCAGGCACCCCAAAGUUCCGAUUCCGGUUCCGAUUCCGGUUCCGAUUCCGGUUCUGACUCGUGCACGGACAGUAGCGACGACUCCGAGGAUGAAACGGGCACGCAACCGGCUAAAGGACCUUCGACUCCGCCCUCGAUGUCACCAAAGAAAGAGAAUCUUAUCGAGGAACCGCCGCCCGCUAUAGAGGAAUCGAAACCGAGGUGGAAUCUGAGUUCGUUCAUCAACAAGGGAACGACUAUACCACACGGAGAACCGAACGCGGAGAAUAAACAAACGCAGGAUUGCAACAAGCGAGUUGGUUCGCCGGCAACGACAACCGACGCGAGAACGCACAGGGACAAGGCAGCGCACGAUUGGCAGCUAGAUGAGGCCCUGAAGAGAACUCGUAACGCGACCAUAAUCGGGGUACUAGACAGCGACAGCGACCGUCCGUCAGACAAUGACAAAAAGCAAACUACGGAGGGAACUCGUGUUCAGCCGGAAAAACCAAAGGUCAUGGAUGGUAAAAAAAAAGUCGGGCGACCCAGAAAGUCCACAAAGAGUCCGAAGGGUAGUCAUCGGACGACGGAUGAAAACUUGAAGAACGGUAAACCGCGCAGCAGAACAAGAGUGGGAAGUCCCAUGAAGAAGAAGCUGCCGCUUUCGAAGCCGACGAUCACGACUAGCGACGAUGGUAGUGACGACCGGUCCCAGGGUGAUUCCAGCGACUCGGACAGCGAUCGACCUGCGAUGAUACCAUCAGCUAUAAAUGAGAAGACGAGGUCCAGAUUAAGCGGGUCCUCGAGCGAGGACGAGAGUCCUCCAAAUAGAAAGAAUAACAGCGCCUCUGAGGACGAUACGGCUCGCUGGAGAAGAAUGCCUCUCAAAAGGAGCAAAUUGGCGGAUUCGCCAAAGAAACAGGAGAAAAAGAAGAGUCCUGCGAAAGCGAAGCCGAGAAGAUCGAGCACGCGAGUUACCAAUGUCACUGGUGGGUCUGAUUCUGAUAGCGAGUCUGAAAUGUCUGUGAGGAAGAUCGCCAGAAUUGCUUUUUAUGCAAACAGGGUACCUCCAAGACCGAGGGCGCCUCCGGCCCGAACCACUUCACCGGAGAACUCGGAUAGUGACAACAGUCCAGGUUCGAAGUUGCAGGAGGAGGACGUGGGUAACGUGCAGGACAAGAAGAAGAGCGAUACCCUUCGGAAGGUGUUCUCGUCUUCGAUGGGCGGCGGAAAGGGUGGCGGGAAGGGUGGGAAAGGGGGCAAAGGCGGUGGAAAGUGCGGCAUCUACGUGGAAGAGUACACGACCUCGGCCAAUACCCCUACCGGCGGGGAGAGUCCUUACAAGAGACCUUUGUCGCAAGCGUCUAACCUGAUCCAGUCUCUGCCGCAGCAAACUUAUGUCAACGGCGUGCUGUCUCUGAUGUGCAAGAUCGACUUGAACAGAAUACAGCAUGUAGCGCAGCUAUCGAGAGGACAGGAGUUAAGGCAGCGUACGGAGCUACCGGACACGAGGCCGUUGUCGAGACAGGCCUCAAUCCUCUCGGCUCAACCCCCUCGGCCGCCCACGCCUGAGGAAGGCGAAAUUGUGGAUACACCGCCGCCCCAACAGUUGAAUUCGGACGCGAGAAUUCACGGUGACACGUUACCCGGCGACAGUGACCUCAAGAGUCGCUCUGUGAUCAAGUGCGAGCCUAUAUCGGACGCGAAAAGUAAUAUCGUUGUCGGAGGUGCUAGUGGAGGUGGUAGUGGUGGUGCUAGUGGCGUGGGUAACGCGCCCAAGAGGAAACGUAAUCCAAGUUGUGGUUCUGUGUCCAGUUUGAGUACUUUGUAUUCCCUGGAGACGAAAGCGAAGGGGUCGAGUGAGCACAGAGAGCGGAAGAAGAGAAAGAGAAAACACGUUAACGUCGAAACUGUCACGUCCAGGCCAUCUUCCAGUCAGCAGAUAGAUAUACAACCGACUAACCACGAGCGGGAAGAAAAGCCGGAUACUAGUUUGUUGCCGCCACCACCCCCGCCACAGCGUGUCUAUUAUUCCUACUUCAAUCCUCAGAAUGAAGUGUUGGAGGAACAGGAUAGGUUGGACCAGAAUCAGUACCUGACGGAAGCGAAACGGCUGAAGCACAGCGCCGACAAGGAGUGCGAGUUGACGGCGCAGGGUAUGCUCUACCUAGAAGCCGUUCUGUGUUUCUUGCUUACUGGCAACGCCAUGGAGUCGGACCCUGUUACGGAGAGGGCGUCGUUCACCAUGUACAAGGAUACUCUUAGCCUCAUAAAAUACAUCUCCUCGAAAUUCAAGAGUCAGCAGAACAAUUCGCCCGAGAGCAGUAUACAUAACAAGCUGGCCAUUCUUAGUCUCUUUUGCCAGUCUCUCAUAUACUUGAAGCUGUUUAAGAUGCGCAAACACGAGGUCAAAGAGAACCAAAAAAUCCUUACGGAGUAUUAUCAAAAGUUUUCGUUGUGGCAUCAGCCUGCUCAGGCAACAACGGUGCAGCCAGAAGGACAAGGUACGCCUUCCUUGUCACCGACGCCCUCACCAGCCGGUUCCGUGGGUUCCGUGGGCAGCCAGAGUUCGGGAUAUAGCAGCGGUGAGCUAGCGAAUCGUGGCGCUGCCUCGGGUCAACCGCAACCGGCGCAAUACAUCAGCGUACCUCUCGGCGUUCACAACGCCAUGGCCAAGCAAAAUUAUCAGUUCAGCUUGCUACUGAGUUGUCACGAUCUGUGGGAGCAGGCGAACGCACUGGUGACGGAUAAGCAUAGAGAUUUUUUCAUUGAGCUGGACGAGAAACUGGGACCCCUCACGUUGAAAAGCUCUUUGCGUGAUCUGGUGCGCUAUGUUCAGGCCGGUAUAAAGAAGCUUCGAGAUCUCUGACCACAGUGGCACAGCCCCAGACCGCCCACCCCUAACUACAUUACUUCUCUCCCGCAAAAUAUGGCCACGUAUCCAACGAUGUACACAUAAACGCGAACGAUCGAGGACGAUCGUUGUUUCCAUUUUCAUUCGGAGAACGUGCGAUCAGCAAUCGUAUGGUAACUACAACAUGAUGUGAUGAAAAAUGCGUUGAACGAGGAGAGAAGUCGAGUGCAUAAUCAGCGAAUGCUCCGGAGGGGUGCACGAAUCGAGACGAUAGUCUGGGGGAGUAAAAGCAACUGGAAAGAUGAUCGAGAACGAUCGUUAGGGAAGUUCUGACAACGUUUCUCCGUUCAGAGGUUCUUCACGGAAAUCCGUGCAUUUAAAAAAAAAUAAUAAAAAAAAAAAAUAAAAAACUCCUAGCACCAAUUUCAAAUAGUCAAUUCAGAGAUACUCCUCUCAAGAGGCGGGGACAGCUAGAGGAAGAGGGAGAUGAUCGGUGUGCAAAGAGGACUUCCUGCGUUACUUAUUUUGCAAACGAGAAUCGAAUGCAAAGCAAAAAGAGUUCCGAAGAACGAAAUCGAGGGGGACUGAAACGAAGGCGGGAAUAGAGGUUGAUAGAAUAAAGAAUCGAGGGAAGAAUGCUUUGUCCCUAUUUUUUCGGAGCAAUCGGAAUUUUGUAUAUUUGAACGAAGACGGUAAAUCGAAGAAAGGGGAGAGGAAAGCGACGAAGAAGGAAUAAGAAGUGCCACAAGAAGCGCCCGUGUGUUCUUGCUUUACGGUGCGCCGCAGCCGACGUUACCUGAAGAAGCAUAAGUUUCGUUUCGGCGAUUCGAGUGCGAUGAAUACACAAGGAUAUACAUAUAUAUGCAUAUAGUUUAUUACCUAUAUAAAUAUAUAUAUAAAUAAUUAUAAAUAUAUAAAUAUGAGUAUAUUUAAUGAGACAAAGAGAAUCAAUGCGUCACGCGUGCUGGCGUUUCGUUGUUAGCAGAAAAAGAUGAUAAAAGUUAAGGCGGUCGCGUGAUUCGCGAGGGUGUUUUUAGGUGACGAAAUAAGUAUAAAAUGUGGGAAUUUUUGCAAAAUUGAGACGGGCGAGAAAUUUUAGUGUGAUGAUGCAUUUCUCUAAGGUGGAGAUGCACCGCGAGCAACAAGAUCAAUGGUUGAUCGAGAACCGAUGCAACGCUACUAUUAUUGUAAUACAAUUGUCUGACGUCCGUGAACGGAGGACACGACUCUUUUUUGUAGAUAGGUUACAAACGAGUAAAGAAAGAAAAGUAACAUUAGAUUAGAUAAUUAAUACGCAACAAGGAAAAACGGAAAAUAUAAAACGGUAACAGAAAAAAACGAAACAACCAAUACAUAUUAUUUACAUUACUUAGAAUUAAACGGGGAAUAACGUAGAGGUUCUAGUGAUGAGAAGUAAAUAAAUAAAAAAGGAAUAUUCAGAUAAUUAUACAUAGUGCAUACACCAUUAUAAAUAGUGCGAUUUAUUAAAGGAUGAAAGAAUAAUACAAAAAAUGGAAAGAAAGAAAGAAGGCGAGGUCAGACACCAGACGAAUAAAAUAAUAAAUCAUGUGACGCGUGUCUCUCGUUAGACGAAACUCAAGAAGAAAAUGAGUAAUAAAAAAAAGCGAAGAAAAAAAAAUACAUAAAAAGUCAAGCGUAACGGAUAAAAGUAAGUUGCUCAUCUGUAUAUUUUUGUAAAUAGGUAUUUGCGAGUGCCGCCGCCUUGAGGGCGACCUGUCGACCGUUUCAAAUCGACGCGACAGGCCGGCCCGCCCCAAUUUUUGCUACCACAAAUCUUAUCGAGAAUCAAGAAAUUUCUGGUAUAGAGAAAGAAGAAAAAAAUUAUUAAAAUACACGUACACAAGAUAUUAUAUAUGUCCGCCGAAUUUGUCCCGAAUGGUUCUUUCCGAGAGACAGUCCAGAUUUUCAUUGUUUUUUUAUAAGAAAACAAAUUCGGUUCUUAUCAUUUCUCUUUUCAUAUCGUUUCAAUCGCCCUUCAUUCGUGCCUCUUUCAAAUCGGGUUUAUCUCUUUCCGUUACGAUGUUUCACUCGUUAUGCUUCCUUUAGUUUUCGCUCGAUCCGUCGCCGACAGAAUGAAGAGAGAAACUGUUGUGUCGCAGAAUGAGCGCGCAUUUUUAAGCGAUUCUUCUCUAUUUUCACAGUUUAGGAAAGAUUGGCUUACAUUUACAGUAUACGAGGCCUGAUUGUUAAGAAAAGUGAAUUAAACAAAUCGAAAGGAACGUGAUUUUGUCUUUCUCGAUAAAACGGCAAAUUCGAUUUGGUAUUCGAUUGUAACGAGAUGGACAUAUGAAUACAGAAAAGUGUUAGCAAUGCGUUCACUGACUCGCGGGCAAUCCAAAACGAAUGGAUCAUUCGUAGGACCACGAUCGUAGCGACCAUAUUUCUACACAAGUAGUCAAACAUAUCGAAAUUGAAUUGAAUUAAAUUCUGAAACGUCUGGAGUCUUUUCGUUAGAAUUAAAAUUAACGGUACCAAGAAAUGCAGAGGAAAGUUGGACCAAUUUAUUAAUUCAUCGUAUACGUUCAAUGCGGCUCGCGAUUUUCUUCGUUGCUAAUGCUUUUCUCCAAGAUAAAUCAGCCAAAAGCGAAGUGAAAACGAGAGAGAACGCAAGAAUAAUAAAAGAGAAAGAAACACGUUGAAAGAUCUACAACACAGACAUCGGGCACGCGCGGUUGACGAGAUUCAGGAAGGGUCAUAUAGAAUUACUAAGCGAGGUCCAAUGGUUCACGGGAUACAAUUUUAUACCUCGUGUGCGCGCCUGCACACGCACUAAAGGAUAAAAGAGACUAAAAAAAGAGAAGUCUAUUAAAAAAAAAGAAAAGAGAAGUUUUGAUAUUUUCGAGACUCAUAUUUAUAGCGGAUACGUAUAUCAGGCCCUCCUGAAUUUCGUCAGUCCCGGGAACAUGAGUAAUGUACAGUGAGGCCGAUUACGUCUGAUACAAAGUUAGAAUUCAUUCAAUUGAUGAAUUAUUUCCAAUAAUAAUUUCCAAUUAUUUUUAAAUUGUACGAUAAUACAUGAAAGUUAAGUAAUAAUUUCAACAAGUUAUACAUAGAUACAUUAAUUAAUUUUAAAAGGCCCGAUCUAUUUAGAAACAUUUCUCGUAUAUACUGUUUUUCUAAAAACACGUUCAUGAGUUUGUAUCAGACGUAAAACAUAACGACUCGUGCAAUUUGGCUGUUGCAAUGAAAUCGAACGUGUCUGCACUUUUAUCGAGAAAUAAUUCUUAAUUGAAUGCAAGAAUGGUGUUCUCUGCGUGUACGACGUUCGUCGAUGGGCAUCAAUAGUUAGCUCACGAUUCUGUCUUUAAUUUUUCUUAUCAUAGAUAUAUUCUUUGUGAUCUUUUCUCCUCGCUUCUUGUUAUUUUAUGAUUAGAAUAUUUCUUUUUUUUAUUCUGUAAACGAUAAACAUUAUCAGCGGUCCUCGCAAAGGAGGGAAAUUCGUUUCGAGCAAGUUUUUACGUUCCUAUCGACCCGCGAAGAGACAAACGAGCGAAUGGUGCUGCCGUUCUGAUAACCGCAACGAUAAAACAUUUUAAUUUUGUGCUUUGUCGUUUUCUUUUCCUUCCCUUCUCUAGUUUUGCUUUUUUUCUCCUUUUUACUAUACAUUUCUUUUUUUUAUAGCGAUCGACAACGAUCAAUUUACACCAGGUCGCGCGUGAGUCGUUUGCCACGUUUUAAAGAAAAUGUUUGUCGUCACUAAUAUACAUAUGACAAAUGAUUAUAUAUUGUCAUUACUAUUUAGACAUUUAUUAUUAUUAUUAUUAUUAUUAUUAUUAUUAUUAUUAUAUUAUUAUAUUAUAUUAUAUUAUAUUAUUAUUGAUUUAUUGGUACUACGAUCGUUAUUAUUUUUCGAGGUAUUUAUAGGAAUGAAUGAGGGUUGACAGACGAGACGAGUGUGCGAAUGCGUGAGUACGAAAGGGACGGAGAGACUGGAAGGACGAUGGGAAAAGUUGGAAUAGAGACGGAUUUAAUAAUAACGCACGUCGCAACGAUAAAUUGUACAUUAUGUACAGCAGAAGCAGCAGCAGCAGCAGCAGCAAACAGUUUCCAAGAUUCGGAUGAAGACAUGUCGAGCGUAUAUAUGUAUACAUAAUCUAUAUAUAUGUAUGAUACAUUAUAAUCCCGAAGAAUUCAGUUUAAUUAA